AUGGAUGGCAGAGAUGGCUCGGGUUUGAAGAUCCGCAGCGCACAAGGAGAUGGAUUCCCACGCCAAGGACUUGCGGACGUUGGUGUCGCCUCGCUUAUACCUAGUCAAAAGCUGUUGGCAUGUGAGAACAAGGGCCGAGGUGGGUAUUUGGCUGUCAAGAGGCCACAAACCCAGCUGGACAAGACAACCAACAGACACCACCUGCAAGCUGGGCGUCUUACGAGUAUCCGCACGGCGAUUCGAAUCCUUUUUCCAUGUUGUAUCCGCGGAUCUGGAACCAAGCUCAUGUGGGGGGGGGGGGCUGACGACCAUCUGCAGCGGCCCAUGUGA